CAGUGCACCAUCUAACUGAUUGUGACCUCUUAUGCACCAGCUAACUCAUUUUGUAAUUAUAACCGUACAAUUUCUUUCCUAAUUGGACCGUGCUUUGGAUAUUACUGUUUUCUAACUUGAGAAUUCAUUCUUGUAGAUGCAAACCUAUCACUUUGACACUAUGGGACACUUUCGCAUCAGUCCAAGGGUGCGAAAUUCAACAGUCACUGCAAUCAGGCAUUUAUCCCACAAUAAUUGCAAGGAGGAUAGCAUCUACAUCUUUCAAAGGGCUAUCAUUAACAACACGAUCCGAUUCGUCAAUCGAGCUGAACCCAAUCAUCUCAGCUGCAUCAAGAAGUCUUCAAAUACAGCUGCCAUAGAGCACGCCAUUGAGACGAAAAAAUGGCUGGACUCCAUGUUUGCACUGCCUGAAGAUAUUCAAACAACACCAAUCUCUGAAGUGGCACGUACAGAAAAUGAGGUUGCAGCAGUUGCAACAGAAAAGUGGACUACAUAGAAGGAAUCAAUUUUAAAUGCAUGCUGUGUGGUGACCCUGAAGCAAAAACCAUAAAGAGAUUCAGAAUUCUGUCCGAAAUAAAAGAUGAGAUUAAUG